AUGGCCACCGUUCUUGCUGGAUCGAACGACAAGGAGAAGCUGGAUGACCUCAUCACCCGCACCCACAAGGACCAGGCCGUCUGGUUCCUCAACGCCUUUUGGGAGGAGUUCGGCGAGAAGGAGGCCGAGAAGGUGUGGUCGUUCGUGCACAAGGCCAUCGAACUCGACGAGGCCAAGCGCGCCGAGGGCUCCGACCUCGACGAGUUCCAGGCCCACCGCUUCCUCGAACACUUCAAGGAGACUCUCACCGUCCAGGCGAUGAGGGACAGGCUGAGGUCGACGGGCGCCAUCGUGGGCACGGUCAAGCGCGUGCCGCUCACCCACAUCCUCACCUUCAAGUACAACGUCGACUGGCACGUGCUCGUCAACGCGCCGCAGGGCUCCAAGGAGGAGAUCGCCAAGGCCCAGAAGAUCUUCGAGGACGUGCAGCGCGCCUUCGAGGAGUCGGCGGCGCGCGACGCCGAAGCCGCGGCGGCCCUGUCGGAGGCCACUUCGCGCGAGGCCGAAGCCAAGCAGCGCGAGGCCGAGGCCAAGCGGUCUGAGGAGGAGGCCAAGGCCCGCGAGGCCGACGCGCUGGCCGCCGAAGCUGAGGCCAAGGCCCGCGAGGCCGACGCGCUCGCGGCCGAAGCCGACGCCAAGGCCAAGGAGGCUGACGCACUGGCCCGUGAGGCCGAGGCCAAGUCCCGCGAAGCUGCCGCCCUCCAGGCCGAGGCCGAGGCCAAGCAGCGUGAGUCCGAGGCCCAGUCGGCCGCCGAGCAGGCGCGCCAGUCGGAGGAGCAGGCCAAGGCCGAGGAGGCCGAGGCCCGCGCCCGCGAGGACGAGCUGCAGGCGGCCAAGGCCGAGCUCGAGGCGGCGCUCAACGAGCUCAAGGCGCAGGAGGACGCCUUCAACGGGCGCACGGCCGAGCUCACGCGACAGUCCGAGGAGGGCAGCGUGGUGCAGAAGAACCGGGCCAAGAACGAGCUCGCCCAGCACCUGUCGUCGGACCCGCUGCCGCUGCGUCGGGCCAAGAUCACGCAGGAGGCCGCCGUGAAGAAGGCCGACCGCGCCGCUCAGGUGGCCAAGGCCGCCGCCGACAAGGCCACGGCGGCCAGGACCGUGGCCGAGGAGGCCCGCCAGGCCGCUGACGCCUCGGCCAACCAGGCUUCGCAGGCCCGCGCCGCCGCCGAGGAGGCCUCGCGUCAGGCCUCGCAGGCUCGCGCUGCCGCCGAGCAGGCUGCUGAGCAGGCCACCCAGGCCAGGCACCAGGCCGAGGAGUCGGCCCGCCAGGCCUCGAACGCCCGCGCUGCCGCCGAGCAGGCCGCCCGCCAGGCCUCGAACGCUCGCUCGGCUGCUGAGCAGGCCGCUGCCCAGGCCACUGAGGCCCGCGCCGAGGCCGAGCAGGCCCGCGCGAGGUCGGAGGAGGCCAAGGCGGCGGCCGAGGCUGCCGUCGAGGAGGCGCGUGCGCGCUUGGCCGAGGCCGAGGCCUACCUGGAGGAGGCCAAGCAGAGGCUGCCCAAGGGCGCCACGUGGUGGCUGGAGCGCGAGCUGCACGAGCGUCGGGCUUACCUGCCCGCCAGCAAGGGCGGCUACAAGAAGGGCACCCACUAA